GUGUGUGUGUGUGUGUGUGUGUGUCUGUCUGUCUGUCUGUCUGUGUCUGUGUGCGUUUGGUUACGAAACCACGACGUGUUUUUUUCACACUCAGAAUUUACAUUUCCACAGUAAAAUCUUCUGGUCCUUAAGCCUUUUUGAAACUGGUUUUGACUGCUAAGUUGGCACAAUGAGUGACUUUGAGAAGCCCCUGCACCAGGACAUGGUUUCUCAGCUGCAUGACUUCGCUGCUGCUGGAGACACAGCCAGGCUGAAGGCACUGCUCAGGUGCUCCCCGUCACUGCUCAAUGCGUCCGCAGGGAACGGCUGGACAGCCCUCAUGUACGGUGCUAGAAAUGGACACCUUGAGGUUGUGCAGGUUCUUCUUCAAGAAGGGUGUGACCGAUCCAUCAUUAAUAAAUCAAGGCAGACAGCUCUGGACAUUGCUAAAUUUUGGGGAUACAAACACAUAGCUAAUUUGUUGGCUAAUGUGAAAGGUGGUCAGAAACCUAGUUUUUUAUCAAAUUAUAUGAAAGAAUAUGAAAAUUAUUUUGGUAUGACGCUUCUGGACAGAAGGAGUAAUAAAAGAACAGAUUCCAAGUGGCUAAGCGAAAAACAAAGCCAUCCAGCUACAGUAUACAUCCUCUUCUCAGAUCUAAGUCCCUUGGUUACUUUGGGUGGGGGAAGAGAGAGCUCACAGCAACCAGAAGUAAAGCUUUGCAGGCUGCACCACAAGGAUGUGGAAGAGUGCAUGAACCAAACCGAAGAAUGUACCUUGGUUUUUCUUGGAGUUGAACUUCAGUAUGAUGUGAACCUGAUGGCUGUUUGCAGUGGAAGAGUUCUGCAAGAAGAAGAUGGGUUAGUUGCUUGGUUUGCUCUUAGCAUAGGUUCUGCUUCUGCUGAAAAAUUUAAACAGAAGCAUGAGGACUGUUACUUUCUUCAUCCGCCAAUGCCAGCAUUACUGCAGUUACCUGAAAAAGAAGCUGGAGUAAUAGCCCAGGCAAGAUCUGUUCUAGCAUGGCACAGCCGCUACCGAUUCUGCCCAACAUGUGGGAGUGCAACCAAGAUUGAAGAAGGGGGUUACAAGAAAACUUGCUUAAAAGAAGAUUGUCCCAGUCUCCAAGGAGUUCACAACACAUCAUAUCCAAGAGUUGAUCCAGUUGUGAUAAUGCAAGUCAUCCAUCCAGAUGGGAACCACUGUCUUUUAGGUAGGCAGAAGAGGUUUCCCCCAGGAAUGUUUUCCUGCCUUGCUGGAUUUGUAGAACCUGGCGAAACCAUAGGAGAUGCUGUUAGAAGAGAAGUAGAGGAGGAGACUGGAGUCAAAGUUUCCCAUGUUCAGUACGUCUCUUGUCAGCCAUGGCCAAUGCCCUCCUCCCUAAUGAUUGGCUGCUUAGCUGUUGCAGUGUCUACAGAAAUUGAAGUUGACAAGAAUGAAAUAGAGGAUGCCCGCUGGUUCACUAGAGAACAGAUUGUGGAAGUUCUCAUUAAAGGAAACCAGCAUUCUUUCUUCGUACCACCAAGUCGAGCUAUUGCAUACCAGUUGAUGAAACAUUGGAUUGGAAUGAAUGCUAAUCUUUAAUUCAAAUAAUUGAUUUUUAAGUUACUUCUUCUAUUAUGAAUUAUGAAUAAUUAUGAAUAAAUUAGAACUGCUUGUCUAGUGAAUAUGUAACCAAGUAAUUUUCUGAGCCUUUACACUGGUUCCAGAGCUAAACUAUGCAAAUCUUUGUAUGUGUUUUCAGACCUAAAUUAGAUUUGGACAAAACCAAAUAAUUAUCCCAAGCAAGCAAGCAACAACUAAGUAGAACUGGUACCUUGCUAAGUGCAGGCUAUGGUUUUUGUUCUAGAAUGAAAUGAUUAUGCCUUUUGCUGCUAUACUUUUUAUGUUUGACUUGGUCUUCCCACACUGGAAGGAGUCAUAGCAUUACAAAGAGGGCUGUCUGACCUUGACUGCUGUUUGAAUUCUCACAUCCUCCUAUUUGGCCUUAAUUAUAACUUUCUAAUUUUUGCCUAUCCCCAUUCUUUAAUUUUGACAUGUCACAAAAAUCUACAUUCAGUGCUAAAAGCCUUACCUGCUAUGGUUAUUUUAAAGUUAAUAGCAUACGUAAUAGUGAAUAUAUGGUACUUCGUAUCUUUUACAUUAACAACCUAAUUUGUAUUCAUGGUCUAGGCAGGGCAUUUACUUGUCCAUUCUCACUUGGCCUGCACUUCCCCAGUUGUAUGUCAGCCUGAAUUUAAAGGUAUAACACAAUGCUUUGUUUUUGAAAAAGGUGUUGGAGAACCAUUCCCAAAAGCCUAAGUAUUAGUGUUUUUAUAAGAUUAUGAUUUACUUAUUGAUGCUAGGCAGUGAGUCAUUUCAUUCUCUGAUAACUAGAAAUGAAAUUAUUGAGUAAUGGAUAAGGACAAACAAGACAUCUCAAAAUAUGCACAAAAUUAUUUAGUGAAAUAGAGAUGCUAAGAUUGUUACUGCUAUUAAGAAUCUUACAGUUGAAAGAAAUAUAUUAACUGCAGCUAUAAGACUGGGAUAGCAAUAAGUUAGUUUAAAUUUUUAUGUGUUUUUAAUGCCACAGUUCAGAUUUGUGCCUUAAUUUAUCAAGUUAUUUAAGAUAAUGGUGAUAUUCUAAAAAGAAAAGUAUACUAGUUUAUUAUUAAUUUCAUUAUGUAAUGGUUCGUAGUCUAUCAUUCUGCAGUCAUUGCAAUGAAAUCAAAAGAAAUGCAAAUGACCUAAGGAAAAUGCAAUUAUAGUGGCAAAUGUAAACUUAAUAUUAUGUGUUUAUUUGAAGUAACUUAAAUUGUUUUGAACAGUGAAUGAUGUAAUAUUUUUUCCAAAAUUCUCAGCAACCUGGAAUCCGUAAAACUGUUGUACAAAACCUGAUUGUUCUUUUUUUUUUCCCCAUCCAUGUCAUAUUGUGCUCAGCAGUUUUCAUGUUUAUUUGGUAGGGGAGUACCUAAGAAACUUUCAAGCAAGAAGCAUUCCUGACAGACUUGGAGUAUUUGACAUAUUAUGUUGCUUCAUUCUCUCCCUUGUUUCAGCCAUUCCUACAAAUAAAGACAAUCAGGUUAUCUCUUGAGUAGUCUGGCAAGGAGAAGGAAACAGUAACACUGCUUCCCUUAAAAUAUGCUUUUACAGAGAGGGCAAGUUGUGGAAAGCUGUUGUAGCCAACAUGUACCAGCAGGACUGCAUGAUAACAAUGGCAUUAGUUGCAGGUUGCUCAUAGAGUAAAGGAGAAUAUUGGAGAGUAUGCAAAAAGUUGUGGAAGCUAAGCAAUGCAAGGAAGUUUCAACCAGUACUGUGGUGAUUACGUUUAGAGAGAUGAACAACAAAGGAGUGAGGAGCAGACGGAAGAGGGAGGAUAAAGCAUAGAGCAAAUAUAGGUAGCAUAAAAAUAAGUAGUUGAUCACUUUGAGGUAACUAAAUGUACAUGACUAAGACCCAUUGGAAUACUAUUUUUUUUAGUAGAAAAUUAUGGUGAGUUGCUAUAGAGAUGUUCUUCUAACAGUGAAACUCCAUACAGUUUCCCUAAUCAAUACUGAUUAUAAUAAUCUGCCUAAUUUUUUUUGAAAAUCUGUAUAACAGUAUGUAUCUGCAAUUACAAUGCUAAUAAGUAAAAUGAAAAUUUUCACUUUCCUGCAUGAAGAAAAACAGAAAAAUAAUUGUAUGACAAAGGGAACAACCCUUAAAAAAUCUCUGAUUUUGAGCGUAAUAUUUUAAUGAUCUUUCAAAUCUAAUAACUCCAGUGUGUCAAUAAUUUUUAGACUACAUAUAUUUUCAAAAUCUAAGACAGCCUUUUGAAAAAGCUUUUGAAGCUUUCAUUUCCUUUUCCCCUCACCAACAGAAGAACCAUUCGCAGGGAAGAAGACAAAUCUCUAUUGCUUAAGAAAACUACUUAGAUAAAUUUAAUCUAUUUAAUGAGAGAUUUUUCCUGGCUUUUUAUUGCCCUUAAUUUGCCUUGUUUGUAGGUCAGGGUUCGAAUUUUAAUUUGAAAAUACCUAUACAUUUUCUGAAUGACAGUUACUGUUUGCAGUUUAAAAAGCAAAUAUCAAAUUGAAGAGCCAAAUGCUGUGGUUGUCUGUCAACUACAGCAUUUUAGGAAAGUGCCAAAUUAAAUGUAGAAGCAAUUGAACAGAGCGUAGUGAUUCUGAAUGGAGUAUUGUAUGGGCAAUACCUCCAGAAGAUCUCAGUAGUUCAACUUACCCAAAAGAGGGCAGCAGCUUUGGAAGCAGGCUGUUUCUUGCCUCAAAGUAAAUGUGGUACAUUAAGAGAAUAGUGUUACUUAAAAAAUUAAAAAGAGGGUUUUUUUCUGUGCUGUGAAUAACGAUCUCUCUCUUUUCUCCCUUGCUUGUACAACAGUAUCAGACCAAAAGGAGUACACAUGACAUCAGAUAGUACAAGGCAGAUAAUUCUGGAUGUCCUGGUUUAGGGCAAAUUUGGGAGAAAACCUC